CGUCAUCUGCGACCGAACAGCCACGCCUCUCGAUGCCUUUCGGAUGAUGUCAGCAGCCCACUACUACCCCAAGCUCAUGAGCAUCAUGGGGAACGUGCUCCGUUUCCUCCCGGCCUUUGUGAAGAUGAAGCAGCUGAUCCAGGAGGGGUAUGUCGGGGAGCUGCUGGUGUGCGAGGUGCAGGUUCACAGCGGCAGCCUGCUGGGGAAGAAGUACAACUGGAGCUGCGACGACUUGAUGGGCGGCGGGGGCCUGCACUCCGUCGGCACCUACAUCAUCGACCUCCUGACCUUCCUCACCAGUCAGAAGGCCGUGAAGGUCCACGGGCUGCUCAAGACUUUCGUGAAGCAGACGGACCACAUCAAGGGGAUACGGCAGAUCACGAGCGACGACUUCUGCACUUUCCAGAUGGUCCUGGAAGGGGGCGUGUGCUGCACGGUGACGCUCAACUUCAACAUCCCCGGGGAAUUCAAGCAAGACAUUAUCGUGGUAGGUUCCAGCGGGCGGCUGAUCGCAACGGGGACCGACUUGUACGGACAGAGCAACAGCUCGUCGCAGAAGGAGCUCCUUCUGAAGGAUUCCACACCGGUCAGCAACUCCUUGUUGCCCGAAAAGGCCUUCAGUGACAUCCCGUCCCCAUACCUCCGAGGGACCAUAAAGAUGGUGCAGGCUGUCCGGCAGGCGUUUGAGGACCAGGACGACCGGAGAACCUGGGACGGUCGGCCGCUCACGAUGGCCGCCACGUUCGACGACUGCCUCUACGCCUUGUGUGUGGUGGACACCAUUAAAAAAUCAAACCAGCUGGGCGAAUGGCAGAACAUUGCGAUUAUGACCGAGGAGCCGGAGUUGAGCCCUGCGUACUUGAUCAGUGAAGCUAUGCGCAGAAGUCGGAUGUCUCUGUACUGCUAGCUUCUAGUUGUGUCUCGGAGUGCAG